CGCAGCAUUUUGUUCGGGUUACACCUUAAACGCUUGAAAGAUGCUAAAGGAAAAUACGUUAUUUUGGCACCUAUGUGAAGAGCAACGCGUCCUUGAAAACUCCGUAUAACAAAGUUGAGUCAGAAUGGACGAAGAGGCCAAGAUGCGAACCAGAUGCCAUCUUUUGGACUUGCCCUGGGAGGAUGUCCUUGUUCCACAUAUUUUAUGCCAUUUGCCACUGCAACACCUCGUCAGCCUGCAGAGGGUGAGCAAGCAGUUCCACAGCCUCAUCCAGGUGUAUCUAGCCAACUGCAGGACUUUUGACCUGUCCUCGAUUGGACCAUCCAUUUCCAAGGAAGCGUUUUGCUCCAUGUUGAAGGACAACAAAGUUCUCCACAGCCUGUCUCUUCAGAGCUGUUCGGACUGGGUGACGGACAAGGAGCUGCUGCCAGUUAUCGGCCAGAACCAGCACCUGCAGAGAGUGGACAUGAGCGGGUGUGUUUGGCUCACCCGCCACUCCCUGGUGGCGGUGUCCUUGAGCUGCAUGCACCUCCAGCGCCUCGGCCUGGCGCACUGUGAGUGGGUGGACAGCCUGUCCCUGCGCAGCCUGGCGGACCACUGCGGGGGGCUGCAGUCGAUAGACCUCACCGCCUGCCGCCAGCUCAAGGACGACGCCAUCUGCUACCUGGCCAAGAAGUGUUUGAAGUUGAGGUCUCUAUCUUUGGCAGUCAACGCCAACGUCACUGACGAGUCGGUGGAGGAGGUGGCCAAGAACUGCAGGGGCCUGGAGCAGCUGGACCUGACAGGUUGCCUGCGGGUCAGGAACCAGUCCAUCAGGACUCUUGCAGAGUACUGCCCGAAGCUGCAGUCCCUGAAGGUGAAUCACUGCCACAAUGUGACAGAGUCGAGCCUGGAUCCUCUACGCAAGCGCAAUGUAGUGAUAGAUGUUGAGCCGCCUUUACAGAGGGCUCUGGUGCUUCUUCAGGACGUGCUGGGUUUUGCUCCCUUUAUCAAUCUCCAGAUAUAGCCGAAAGGCGUCAAGUCAUGUGCACACAGAUGUCCUCAUCAAAGCAGUCACUCUCAGCGGCAUCACAGGUGCAUGCGAGUGGCUCCAAGAAACGACCAGACAGUCCAAGAAGAUCUGGAUGAAAAAACCUCACUAGAAUGUGAUUAAAAAUAACGUUUACGUCUGACAAUGACUGAAGAAAGCCAUGUAGUUUUAAGAAUUGCUGUCUCGUGUCUAAAAGAUGUCACUGCACUAUUACUUAAUCAUUAAGUGUUGUAAUAAUGUGGCUUUAUAGAAAAGCAGUUGUAACUGAAGUAGAGUGUAUUGUUUUGUACAUACUUUGUGUGCAUUUUUAAGAAACAUCUAUCUUAUGUUUCAUUUAGAAACAUUCAAAAUAAUGUUUGAGUUUAAUUAAACAUUUCAUUUUUGCAUGUAUGUGCCAGUUUAAAUGAUAAAUGUACCCAAAUCAUGCAAAAACAUGUUCUCACUUUCGGGUUUAUGUGUCCAGGAUUUCAUUGUCUUCACUACUGAUGUUCAGCUGCCGCUACAAUACAAUGAAGGAGAAUGUGGUGCUGACAGUUUGUCUUCCAGAUACAAAGUCCUGGCUCCUCACAAUAAUCCACCGUCCUCACGGUCUACACUUUCUAACUGCUUUCAAAUAAAAACUUUCACAUCAAAACUAUCUGCAUGGCUAUCAGCCACCAGAGAUUAGUGGGAAAAUGUUUAUACGUUUUCUUCUGAAGCUACCUUGUAAUUUAUACUGUUAAUAAAUGCAUACUUGUAUAGCGUAGUAUUUGUAUACCCUUGACAUGAUUUCAAAAUAAGUAAUCCUGUACUGAGAUGCUGUUGCUCAGUAAUACAGUAUAUGAAUUAUAAACAUAAGAAAUCUUAAUUGCAAAAUACCAUCAGAAAUGAUUGUUGUCACUUCUCCACUUUAUAAAUCUGAUGUGAUGUAACAUUAGGAUGAGUAAUCGCACUUCUUCUCUCCUAAUGCCGAUUCCAAUACUUAAUUUAUCUGAAAUGCAAAACCUCCAUUACUGAAUUAAUGUCACUAAUAGCAAAACAAUCAUUGGAUUUUAUGACGACAUUGAAGAAGACACUUUAUGUGGAUUGGUGGAGUUAAUUUUGUCCAAACAAGUGUUGAAUACGGAGCUUAAAGACAAAAAAAUACUCUGAAAGUACAUGUUACAUAGUUUUAGGCAAAUAAAAAUAGUGACCCAGGCCUCCUUUUUAUUUCAGCUUCUUAAUCAAUGAAAAUGAGAAGAAUUUGUAUCUGUAACCUGGCGUCAAUAAUAGGAUUUCUUUCAUUCCUACACAUCCCUUGAUUGUCAAGCAUAAGAGGCUCCAGUCAAAGCAUUACAGCGGUGAAGUUAAAGACGUUCACCUCUUCACAGAUGUUUUGUGACUCAAAGUGACACAAGGUGGCAGCAGUGAGUCAGGAUACGUGUCUGUUGUAAUUCUGCUGUUUGUGAGGCUGCAUGACAUCCAAACUACAGUCCACUCAGGAACAGAGAUGGUCUCCAAUGUGAAAUAUGUCAGACCACAGUGUCGGGUGUGUAUUUUUCUCUUAAGAUUUAAUCUUAACGUCUGACUCGUUGGACAGAUUGUGAAAAUACACAGCUUUAUGAUGUUUUUAACACUUGAUGCAGUGAAUGCACAAUACGCGUUAAUGCUUC